AGUAAGUUUGGGGCAAGGACAAGCGCAGCACACGCAGCAAGCGCGCCACCUGAUGGAAAUUCGCUUCAGUGUGCUCGUAGUGUUGAUCGUGUUCUUAGUCCUAAACGCUGCGGUUCAACUAAGAACGUUGGCUGCGGUGCAAGGACUGGCCGCGCAACAGCACGCUAUUUCCCCGCCAGGAACGGACGCGCCGGCGCUCGAAAUCCUCUCAACGAGGAAGGUUGCGUCCCAAGGACUGGCCACGCAACAGCACGCUAUUUCCCCGCCAGGAACGGACGCGCCGGCGCUCGAAAUCCUCUCAACGAGGAAGGUUGCGUCCCAAGGACUGGCCACGCAACAGCACGCUGUUUACACUGUUUACGCAGGCCCCUAUGUGCACGUUGAGGCCCGGCGGAACCCUAUCUACAGUACCGUCACCCAAAAGCUAAGAUUGAAAGGAAAAGGCUUCGGCGCCGCGGGCACGGGCGAACACCUGAACCUCCAGUUCGUGCCGGCGAUGCCCAAGACGGACUACAAGGUCCAGGUCCUGUCGGAUACGGCGCUGUCGAUCAACCUUGUAAGUGGCAAGUCCUGGCCCCUCGCUUCUGAUGAGGGUACCUAUUUGUACCUAACCUCACUCAUAGACGACCGGAAAGGAAGCAUGAACCAGCUCGAAACCCCUGUCGUGAUUGCGAGGGUGAUCCCGACGCCGACCGUCAUGCACGGAGGCGAAAAAGUUAUUUACAUGACCGGUACGACGCGCUUCAACAUCAACGGCACGGGCUUCCGAGCGAAGACCAUGGAGCUGAUCUUCGACCCGCCGCUCGAGAAGGAUGUGGAUUAUAUGCUCAACACUCGUAGUUCCACGCACAUGCAGCUCAUGCUGCGCUCGGGAAAGAAGUGGCGUAGUGAUGGGAAGCCCGGGCCUCUCAAGUUGCGACGCAUCGACACGGGCGCCGGCGAUCUGAGGAUCAACACGAAGUACGGUGGCGUCACGGUGGCCGAGGUGCGGGUCAACCUGUGAGCUCACAAUUCAUCAUUUUUAAAAAUAUUAAAUUUUA